UCUGCCGGCUGCGAUCAGACCACAAAAAUGUCAAACGCAAAAAGGACGUCCUCAGCCUCCAACCUCCCCUUCAGCACGUGUUUUCAUCAUCUGCCUCCUCUGGCUCUGAAAACUUGGUUAAAGUGGGGUUUUACAUGCAAACCUCCCGGACCUCUCAUCCCAGCAGAUCUCUGAGCCCCAGGUCUGCAUAUUAAAAUCAAAGAGAAGGCAAUUUUUCAUCUGUAUUCACCUGCAGGAUCAUGAAGUUGUUGUCUGUCUACUUGCUGUGCUUUUUAUGGAUAGGGAAUCUGAAAGCUCAACCUGAGCAAGAAAACAUAAUUCUCCCUCUGGAAACUCUCAAACAGGUGUCCAAAGUAGGUGAGAAAUAUGUGGAAAAGGAAGUGAAGAAGGCCCUGAUUGGCAUCAAACAAAUGAAGACCACUAUGGAAGAAAGUGAAGAAAUACACAAAAGUUUGAUGCUCUCUUUAAAAAAAAGCAGCCAAAAGAAAGAGGAAGUCCUUCAACGUGCCAGAGAUGUGGAGCAAAGACUAGAGAAAGAAGAGGACACAUGCCAAGCUUCCCUACAGAGUGCAUGGGAGGAUUGCAAGCCUUGCCUGGAAGACGCUUGCAAGACAUUUUACACCACAACCUGUCGCAGAGGCUUCUCAAUAUUUACAAGCAGGAUAAAAGAUUUCUUUAGCAGAAUGACUCCUCUAUUUUUCACACCACAUGAAGGAAAGGACAUCAGAGUUAAUGAAGAUACAGAGCCCAAAGAUACAGACAUAACAGAAAUAGAGGAUGCUUUCUCUCAUCUGAUGGUUGACGUCACCUCUACCUUUGAUGAAAGUGUUCAGUUAUUCAAAACCCUGCAGCAGGAAUUUGAUCAGUCGUUUCAGAAAGCCUUCACGUCGAAUAUGCAGCCGAUCAGAUCCAGCCCCAAUGCCGACUCCCUGGAAAGUCCUUUUGGAGGUUCUGGCUUUUUUAAAGAUUUGGGACUUACUAACCUAUUUCAGUCGUUAAUUGACUUGAGUUCCAUACUCUUUGAUAGUUUCAGCGCAGCAAUCAUUAACACGUUUGAUGUCGUCCAGAACAUCUCAACUGAUACGAUGAAACAACAUGGAGAUUCACACCAUGGAGGUAUUUUCUCUCAUCUUCUGCUUUCUAGAAAUGAAAAUCUCUGCAGGGACAUCCGCAGGAAUGCCUCGGGGUGUCUGCAGCUGCAAGAAAAAUGCCAAUCAUGUCACCCCCUAUUUUCCCAGGAGUGUCCCAACCUCCUUGAGGUUCGGGUCGAAUUUACUGAAGCCUCACACUUAGUAGAUGCGUCAAAUGAAGAAUAUCAGCAGGUUCUCCAGGUAGUACAGCGCCAUACAGCAGACAUUGCUGACCAGAUGCAACACAUGAAGGAAGCAUUUGGCUGGUUGAUGGAAUUAUCCAACAUGACGCUGGGACAUCAAAAUAUGUUUCGUGUUGAUAUGAUAAAGUCUCCAAGCUUAGCAGGGAAUGUCACUAAUUCAUCAGAGAUUAUUGUGGAAGUCAGUCUCUUGAACUCCCCGACUAUUUCCUUUGCCGUCCCUGCUGCCAUGACAUGGAAUGUUCCUAAGUUGGCGGACUUUGUGUCUGAGAAAGCAUUUGAAUUGUACAAGCGAAACUUCGGAUACAAGAGCCAGUGAAGUGAAGACGGAGAUUCUUUGUUAAAGGACGAGACGUGAUGACUCCCUUCAAUCAAGCCUAUAAUUGUUAGUUAGAUGCCUUGAUAGGGAACGUAAUGUAGAUGGCCAAUGUUUGAUUCAAGAAAUCUAGUACAUUUAAUUGUAAUUAAAGCAUGAUCUCUUUGAUGGAAGGGAUUAGAAUUGAUUAUGAAGAUUUGAUGUCAGGAAUUAAUUUGAAGAGGUAUACAGCACUGAAAGC